UUUCUGCGAAGAAGCAGCAGGACGCAAUAUUCAAGUUACAAAGAAACCCUUCAGGCCAUCGCACAAAAGAUUGGUGAUGUUGAGACUGAAGCUGAGGAGCACAACGUGGCCAGCAUCACUAACACAGAAAAAGGCNUUGUGUUAGAAACACUCGAACCACUGCCAGGCGAUCGCAAGUGUUUCCGUAUGAUCAACGGUGUUCUUGUGGAACGAACUGUACAAGAUGUCUUGCCACAGCUCAAGACCAAUGCAGACGGCCUUAAAAAGGUGCUCGAAGAUCUGCUGAAACAAUACACUACCAAGCAAGAGGAACUCGAGAAGUGGAAGAUUCAGGUUGUCACACAA